UCUCUUGUUGUAGUUGUAGUUGAUGGGGCGGAUCAGAAGACAACAGAAGCAGAGAAAUUGGAAAAUAUCCAUCCAUCCUGUUCCUUCCUCACUCAUACCUCUCUCUCUUUCUGUGUGACAUGAUAGACUCUUACUUCUUCUUCAAUUAAUCAAAUUUUAUUAUUAUUACUUCCUACCUUAAACUGAAAUUCAUGUUUUUAUUUGAUUACGAUCAUCAAAACUGUAGCAAUUUUAGUAUGUAAUGUGAGAGUAGAAGAAGAAAUAUCUGGAUUUAAGAAGAAAUUCCUUGACAAAAACAAAAAAGGUGUUUGUUGUGUGUUUUGAAGAUGGAUAGAUCAGCUUUAACAGUGGGACCAGGCAUGGAUUUGCCGAUAAUGCAUGAUAGUGAUCGUUAUGAACUUGUUAAAGAUAUUGGUUCUGGGAAUUUUGGUAUUGCAAGAUUGAUGAGAGAUAAACAAACUAGAGAACUUGUUGCUGUUAAAUACAUCGAAAGAGGAGAUAAGAUUGAUGAAAAUGUUCAAAGGGAGAUCAUUAACCAUAGAUCUCUGCGGCAUCCAAAUAUUGUUAGAUUCAAAGAGGUUAUUUUGACGCCUACACAUCUUGCUAUUGUGAUGGAAUAUGCAUCUGGUGGAGAGCUUUUUGAGCGUAUUUGCAAUGCCGGUCGCUUUAGUGAGGAUGAGGCUCGUUUUUUCUUCCAACAACUAAUAUCCGGAGUCAGCUACUGUCACUCGAUGCAAGUAUGUCACCGUGAUCUCAAGUUGGAAAACACACUAUUGGAUGGAAGCCCGGCACCUCGCUUGAAGAUAUGCGACUUUGGGUACUCCAAGUCUUCAGUGCUGCACUCGCAACCAAAAUCGACUGUUGGGACCCCAGCAUACAUCGCUCCAGAAGUCUUGCUUAAGAAGGAAUAUGAUGGCAAGAUUGCCGAUGUGUGGUCAUGCGGGGUUACUCUUUAUGUCAUGCUGAUGGGUGCAUACCCUUUUGAGGAUCCUGAGGAACCGAAGAACUUUAAGAAGACAAUUCAGCGAAUUUUGAGUGUCCAGUAUUCUGUCCCAGAUCAAAUAUCCCCCGAGUGUCGCCACCUCAUCUCAAGAAUUUUUGUUGGCACCCCUUCAACAAGGAUAACAAUGGCUGAGAUCCGGAACCAUGAGUGGUUUCUAAAGAACCUUCCAGCUGACCUCAUGGUUGAAAACAACCAGUUUGAAGAGGCCGACCAACCUACACAGAGCAUUGAUGAAAUCAUGCAGAUCAUAUCAGAGGCAACGAUUCCUGCAGCUGUUACUCGCGGCCUCAAUGAGUAUCUGAAUGAAUUGGACUUUGAUGACGACAUGGAUGAUAUGGAGAGUGACCCUGAACUAGAUAUUGACAGCAGUGGGGAAAUAGUCUAUGCUAUGUAAUUGAGCUGUGAGGUUACAAAAUUAACUUGCUUUUCCUGCAUCAUGUCUGAUCACUUAAGAUUAAUGGAAGAGGGUGGCUGUGAGACCGACAGACGACAUAUGUAGCUCGUAGGAGAUGGGGAGGGAUGUGGUUUCCACUUGACUGUGUAUUUAUCAUCCUUCGUCUAGGUAAUGGAGUGUUGAUAUGUUUAUACUACCACCACAGCACUAACCAUGUUUUCUGUGUAGCUGUAAUUGAUGUCAAAUGCUAUGGGAGUUUCAUGAUUCAGUGAGACUUAAAAAAUAUUGGGUUAUCUUUCAGUCACCUGAACUGCUAGUGUCUGUUGAUUAUCAAGUUGUUGGUAGUGUUGUGAUAUUUUGUUCUUUUACCCACUAUAAGUUGGGGAUAGCUGUAAUUUAUAAUCAAACUUAAGAAGAAGUUCUAGUAGUUGGAUGAUUCAGUUGCUCGUGUACAAUAAAGGUGAUCCAAGUUUCUAGCA